AUGACACCAGAAACAACAAAAACAACAAAUGAAUCUGUCAUUCCAGCCCCUAUCCAGUCAGUGAGCUUGGAGACAACACGUCUCAGUGGUUUUGAGGAAGUCAUAUGCUCCAGUCAAGAUGUCUACCCUGCUCCCCGUGUAAACCUGUUCACAGAGCCAGCCAGUCUACCUGAUUCCUUCCAACCCUUCACACACAAAACGGCUGACAAACAAGGCCUGUACUCGGUGGAGAGCAAGCUCAAGAAGCUGAAAGAUCUGACCUACAUCUGCCUCGUCCAAUCAUUCUACAGGUCUCAGACAUGGAGAGCAUCACUGCAGGAGAAAGAAAUAUUCAGCGUGGAAGGUCAGGACUUCAUCAUCCCUUGUGUGGCCCCAUGGAACCUGCAGAACUUCACACUGACAUGGUCCUUCAUCAAAGAACACAAGUCCUCAACCAUCUACACCUAUGACAGCCGCACACAGCGGAGCUCCAGCGUUUGGAAGAAGGUGCGACUGGUGACUCCCAGGGGUCGAGGCGGAGACGGCUCACUACAGCUACACAACCCGCUGAGUCUAGAGCACACUGGAACCUACACCUGCAUCCUCUCUGCUCACCAGACCAAACAUGAGGUCCAUACGAGAGUCAACAUCACACAGACCAAACAUGAGGUCCAUACAAAGGUCAGCAACAUAGAGGCCAAACAUAAAGACAAUACAAGAGUCAACAUCACACUAAAGCCUGAAAAACAACAGUCCGAGAGCUCCCCCCAGUGGUGGAUUCCUGCUGCUGUGAUCACAGGCCUUGCCGUCACUGCAAUCAUAGGAAUUAUAAAAUGUAAAGCUGGCUGUACAAAAUCAAGUAAAACCCAUGCAGAGGCUACAGAGAUGCAACCAAUCAGAGUGACUGUUGCAAACAGCAGAGCUGCAUCUGAGGACACUUGCUUAACAGAAGAGAUUGCCAACAGACCAACAUGAGAAUAGAUGGGGGGAAAGUUUGUUUAAAACAGUUUGUUUCAAAGUGAUUGAUUUACUGCCCAGAUAAAA